AAUAUUUUAGUUGCGCUGAGUUGCAGUAAGGUUGACGUUAUAUGAUUGUUUAUGCAAAUCUGGCGCGAAGCCAAAAGUACUUCCUGUCAGUAACGUUAGUAUUUUGUUGUAAAAACAACAAAUGCGUUGACUUGUGCAUGUAUUAAUAAAUGAAACUGUUAUCUUUUCCAAACAGCAGGCAGUUAAUAUAACUUUUAUUUUUACAUUAUUCUAAUGCUUAUUAUUUAAUGCGUUGUCUGUGUGUAAGCAUUGAUUACUGUAUCAUUUUAACAUGUGGCGAUGUAUAUCCAAUGAGAUUAUCGCAUUGUUUUCUUAAACUUACAGUAUUUCGAAGAGUAUUAAAACUAGAGAAAGGAAAACCUUUCUAGGGAAAACUGGGAAUAAUUGUUGAUGGAAAUAUCUUAACAAGUAAACAUAAGAUUUUACUCUUAUAGGCUUUAAACAUAAAGACGUUUUUGUACAAUUUAUUGCAAAUCAUCAAUAAUUACAAAGUUAUUUGUUUCAUUUUCGCGCCUUUUUUAUAUAACAUUUUAAAAACUGGUAUAUUGGGGUUUUGUAACAUUUCACAACCCCCCAAUAAGUUCGAAUUUCCCGCGAGCAGGCGUGUAUAUAGUUUCCACGUGACGCCUUGUCGACUCCUGAUUAGUUAAGCGGACGUUUCCUGCAUUCUUAUUGGCUGAGUUUGAGCGCCAAGAAUCGAAUAUAAGAGUCUCCGCCGGCUUUCUUACUUUGUGUGUUUCCCUCCAGCUGGACUGUAGAUCUUCAGGCUUGCACAGUUUAUUUAUUUGUAGCUUUUUGCUUUUUAAAAACUUAGUCGUUGCAACUAAACUUUAGCUCUUUUGUCUUAUUUUAUCUAACACUAUACAAUUCACCAUGCUGUCAACUCGCUCUCCACUGAAAAGCAAGAAUGAGAACGCCGUUGCUUCAAAAAUGAGCAACAUCUCCUUGGUGGACAAAGAAAACACGCCUCCUAGUCUGAACUCCACCAGAAUCCUGGCGUCCAAAACCGCGCGUAAAAUCUUUGACGACGCAGAGGAUCAGACAAAAACCAAGAAAGCAAGUGUGGCGGAGGAGCCCCUUCUGAAGGAGAACCCCAAUCGCUUUGUCAUUUUCCCAAUUCAGUACCAUGACAUCUGGCAGAUGUACAAGAAGGCAGAGGCAUCUUUCUGGACUGCUGAGGAGGUUGACCUGUCCAAAGAUCUUCAGCACUGGGACUCCCUGAAAGAUGAGGAGAGAUAUUUCAUCUCUCAUGUUUUGGCUUUCUUUGCUGCAAGUGAUGGCAUUGUCAAUGAAAACUUGGUGGAGCGAUUUACUCAGGAAGUCCAGGUGACUGAAGCCCGUUGCUUCUACGGUUUCCAGAUUGCUAUGGAAAACAUCCACUCCGAAAUGUACAGUCUGUUGAUUGACACCUACAUCAAAGACCCCAAAGAGAGAGAAUUUCUUUUCAAUGCCGUUGAAACAUUGCCCUGUGUCAAGAAGAAGGCCGACUGGGCACUCAACUGGAUCUCUAACAAAAAUGCUCAAUUUGGGGAGCGAGUAGUGGCUUUUGCUGCUGUGGAGGGAAUCUUCUUUUCUGGUUCUUUUGCUGCUAUUUUCUGGUUGAAGAAGAGAGGACUCAUGCCUGGACUAACCUUCUCCAAUGAACUUAUCAGCAGAGAUGAGGGUCUUCACUGUGAUUUUGCCUGCCUUAUGUUCAAGCACUUGGUCAACAAACCCUCAGAAGAAACCGUAAAGAGAAUUAUCACAAAUGCAGUUGAAAUUGAACAGGAGUUUCUGACUGAUGCUUUACCUGUGAAGCUGAUUGGUAUGAACUGUGACCUGAUGAAGCAAUACAUUGAAUUUGUGGCUGACAGAUUACUGCUGGAGCUGGGAUUCAGCAAGAUCUACAAAGUGGAGAACCCCUUUGACUUCAUGGAGAAUAUUUCCUUGGAGGGCAAGACCAACUUCUUUGAGAAGCGAGUGGGAGAGUACCAGAGGAUGGGAGUCAUGUCUGGACCAACAGAUAACACUUUCAGAUUGGACGCUGAUUUUUAAACCCUUCAGUACCACAAUGGACACUUGAUAACUACAGACUUUAUUGCCGUGCGAUAUGGCUUGCAUUUUGCAUUUGUACAGUGUUUUUAUAGGAUGAAUAGAUCACUUUCUUAUGUACAUGUUUUUUGUUUUAAUGAUAUUGAAGUGCUUUUAUUUUUUGUUUUAAAUUUAAAUAAACCUGAUCUACUGACUUGAAUCUAAUAAUUUUUGGGUCUGUAAGUGCAUUUGGUUGACGCGGUGUUCUGUGGUUACAGACCACCCUAAUAUUGGAUUAUUUUUAACCCAAAUUUUGUUUAGUGCAUGGCAAAUUAGCUUUUAAGAACAUGUCAUUUAAAAAUUUCUCUCUUUUGGCUUGUCUUAGUGUUGCCUUAACUGUAUGUGGCACCAAGUAGCUAUGUUACGUAAUUGACCAUGUUUUAUUACUAUUAGAACAAGUGACUUUCCACAAACCCCAUAAUAUCAGUUUUUGGUUGUAACAUCCCUCUCUGUAUUUAAAGCGUUCUUGAUUAUGAAUUUGUUCAUGAUAUUUACAAGAAUGUUAUGUGAACUUAUACUUGAAUGACCGUAAAAUAUUUUGUGCAAUUCCCAUUGGAAUAUUGGUUUACAAUUGUGCGUUUUUGGUACAGUAGAUGGAUUACAUGGUUUUCUCAAUGCACACCUGCAAUAAAGAACAAGUUGGUGACAUGGAAA